AUGUCGAGUGGUGCCGCAGUCCCCGAUGCCAACAGGGUCAGUCCGGCGUUCUUGUUUCAUCUUCGUGCGCCGAAUCAGCGUCGAGCGACGGCGUGGUUGUGCUGCUCGUUGUGGUCGUCGUGCCACCACCACAAUCGAGCACUGACUGACAUGCCGCCCGCCCGCACACGACCGCUGGCUCGCCCGCGCUGAGCUGUUCGCCCGUGCUGGGUGCACCCGUCGCUCGAUUGCAAUCGUAACUUGUUCGCUAACCUACCUGACCUGAUCUUACUCAUGCACUACAGACUCGCAAGAUCAGGGUGACGGGUAAGUGACCGUUGUUCGGUAGUGGGUCGUCAGGGCGUGUCUGCACUGUCUGGGUUCGGCACUCCCGCUCGGCCGCUCGGUCGCUCGGUCGCUCUUAGUCGGCGUCGACAGCUCUGAUGGGGCGAUGCGCCCCGCGCGAGUUGGCGAAUUCAGCGAGGCAGCGCGCCCGUGGUGGCCAUCAGCCACUUCACUCAUUCAAUAGGAUUCGUCGGUCGGCGAGCGCGUGCGGCCCAUCGACCCACGAUUCGACCCCCGACCCAGGCUCAUCACGAGGGCCUAACCAUCUCGUCAUUGACCGCAUCUUCGGUUUACUCUGUACCGUGAUGGCAUUGCUGCCGUCAUGAUCGAGUCGGUCUCGUCUCCGGGCCGCGGUGGAGCCUCGGGUCCCCUAGCUCAUGGCGGACCGAGCGCCCUGACGCGCAGUCCAAAGUGAUCUUUCCGUGCCGGUCGACGAUCCGACGAUCGACGUACGCCCACGAGCACACCACUCCGUCGAUCCCGUCCGUCGCCGACUCUGACACUUCAGACACAAAUCAGGCACACCCUGAGUCCAUGUUGCUGAGCCCCCGGGUGUUAUUCUAUCUCCUGUAGUCGUCGCAGCGGACUCGUUGGCCAAGCGAGACGUGUUCAGAUUGCCCGACCCUUUCGCCGUAGUCACCGUCGAUGGCGAACAGACGAACACCACUUCGGCGAUCAAGGUUCGUUCCACUCGCUGUGAUAAUGGUACACAUAAUACUCAACGUUUUGACCAACUCUCUACCAUUCGCACCUUUAUAGAAAACGCUGAAUCCUUGUAUGUCUCAGAUCGCCGACGAGCACGGAGGCAGGCGAUCAUCGGCUGACUGUCACCCCUACACUUCUCCCAUUACCGACAGACUGGAACGAGUCGUUCGACGUCCUCGUCAAGGAUGGCAGCGUCUUGACCGUGCAAAUCUUUGAUCAGAAAAAGUUCAAGAAGAAGGAUCAGGGCUUCCUCGGCGUCAUCAACUUGCCCGUAUCUCAGGCGAUCGAUCUGGACCUCGGCGGCGAAGGUUUGUCAAAGAAAUCGAUCGGCGUCUCGGCGAACGAAACCAAGCUAACCCGACCGAGUGCACUGCCCUCUCUCAGACACCUUCACGCGCGAGUUGAAACGAUCCAACGAUCAACUCGCCGUCCAUGGUAAACUGAUUGUCCACUUGACCACCAAUGUCACCUCCGCAAUCCGCACUCCGGCCACGUCCGCUGCGCGCCCUUCGAUCAGCACCGGAAGCAACAACGCCUCUUCGGCUUCGCUGUCGUCCCCGACGGUGCCUGGUUCGACGACCCCAACUGCGACCGCUUCCGCCGCCGCGACACCUUCGAGCGACCCUCCCAACAUUUCGACCCCUUCGGCGCAGCCUGUGACGAGCGCGGCUUCGGCUAAUCCUUCCGGCGGUGCUUCGUUGAGCACAGCGGGCUCGAGUUCAGGCGCCGGAGGUUCUUCCACGAACAACCGUGAUUUCAGUGCUCGCGAGGAUCAGCACGGCCCCUUGCCGAUCGGAUGGGAGCGACGAGUCGAUCAUCUUGGCCGAACGUACUACGUCGACCAUACGACGCGCACCACGACGUGGACUCGACCCAAGCCCCCUACCGCGGGCACCAAUGUGACGGGUCCUGCGGCGUCAGCUGGCGGCGAUGGGUCCGCGGGUCGAAGUCGUACGACGGCGGAUGAGUUUUUGGGAGCGGCCGAAGGCGCCUCGAACGUCGGCAGCACGACCUCGAGCGUACCCACAAUGACGACGGGUACGACGGCGAGCACGGUCACGAGCGCCGUUUCCCCGUCGACCCCGACGGGCGGUGCGGGUGGUGCGAGUUCGUCCUCGACCACGGCUGGACAGGGCCCUCUCCCUGCUGGUUGGGAACAACGAUUUACGCCCGAAGGUCGACCCUACUUUGUCGAUCACAACACGCGCACGACGACCUGGGUCGACCCGCGACGGCAGCAGUUGCUUCGUGUGAUGGGCCCGAACGGCAACAACCUCACCGUGCAGCCGCAAUCGGUCUCACAACUCGGCCCGUUGCCGUCCGGAUGGGAGAUGCGUCUUACGAGUACGGCCCGGGUGUACUUCGUCGACCACAACACCAAGACGACGACAUGGGACGACCCGCGCUUGCCGAGUUCGUUGGAUCAAAACGUCCCACAGUACAAGCGUGAUUUCCGACGCAAGUUGAUCUACUUCCGUUCGCAACCCGCGCUGAGGCCCUCGCCCGGCCAGUGCCACGUCAAGGUGCGCCGUAGUCACAUUUUUGAGGACUCGUACGCCGAGAUCAUGCGUCAGACGCCCAACGACCUCAAGAAGCGCUUGAUGAUCAAGUUCGACGGCGAGGACGGUCUCGAUUACGGUGGACUGUCGCGUGAAUUCUUCUUCCUGCUCUCGCACGAGAUGUUCAACCCCUUCUACUGCCUGUUCGAGUACUCCGCGCACGACAACUACACGCUGCAGAUCAACCCCAACUCGUCGAUCAACCCCGAGCAUCUCAACUACUUCAAGUUCAUUGGUCGGGUACUCUCCUUGGCCGUCUUCCACCGUCGUUUCCUCGAUGCCUACUUCAUCACGGCGUUGUACAAGAUGGUGCUCAAGAAGAAGAUCACGCUGCAGGACAUGGAGUCCGUCGACGCCGAGAUGUUCCGCUCGCUGACCUGGAUGCUCGAGAACGACAUCACCGACGUGUUGGACAACACCUUCUCUGCCGAGGAUGACCGGUUCGGUGAGACGGUCACGAUCGACUUGAAGCCGGGAGGAUCGGACGUGGCGGUGACGAACGAGAACAAGAAGGAGUACGUACAGCUCGUGACGGAGUGGAGGAUUCAGAAGCGUGUCGAGGACCAGUUCAAGGCUUUCUUGUCCGGCUUCAACGAGUUGAUCCCGCAAGAGUUGAUCAACGUCUUUGACGAGCGCGAGUUGGAGCUCCUCAUCGGCGGCAUGUCCGAGAUCGACGUCGACGACUGGAUGAAGCACACCGACUACCGCGGGUAUACGCAAGCCGACGAGGUCGUGCAGUGGUUCUGGAAGGCCGUCAAGGAGUGGCCGGCCGAAAAGAAGUCGCGCUUGUUGCAGUUCACAACAGGGACUUCGAGGAUCCCCGUCAACGGAUUCAAGGAUUUGCAAGGCUCGGACGGCCCGAGGAGGUUCACGUUGGAGAAGAGUGGUGAGGUGACGCAGUUGCCCAAGAGUCACACCUGUUUCAACCGACUGGAUCUACCGGCGUACCCGAGCUUCGAAGUACUCGAACAAAAACUCGCCUUUGCUGUCGAGAACACUCUAGGGUUCGGACAAGAGUGA